AUGCCAUCUCGGUCCACCAAGACGUCCGAAAAGCUAGUCCUGUUGCCCGAGGCUGUCGAAGAGGAAGAAGAGAAAGGCGAUUUUGGGCCUGACGCUGACAAGGGCCCACCCAAGGACGACGAGGAUUACCGCAGACCUGGGAAAGAGGGUGUCAAAAGCUAUGCAGAAAGGCUACCCAAGGCAAGACGGACGGAACAGGAACUUCCCAGAGUGACGGCCUACUGCACAGCUCAAGCAUACAAGCUGCAGUCCACCGCGACGUUUGUCAGGCAGCGCCAUGGAGCCAGAGCUAAGCUCUACGAUGACUGCCUGUACUGUGCGUAUCAUCUGCCUUUGUUACCAGGCAAUGAAGGCUAUCGAAUCCGAAGCAGUCCGCCAGUCAAGAGCGCCAAGGGUGGAACGGUCCUGGAUGAAGAGAUUGCACGGAGCGAACAAAGAGACUACCGGGAACCAUAUUAUGCAGAGGAAGAGGAACAGCAUUCAGUGAGAGGUCACUACACGCCGGAUGAGCAGCCUGUCGAGCCAAAUCACGGUGACCCGAGUCACCUGGAACGACCACGACUCAACGGGCAGCGGAGAGACAGCGGCAAUUCGCAGAGAUCAAACAGUCCAGGUGCAAGUCUUCCUGUCGAUACGUACCGAUUUGCGGAAAUGUUUGUCUUUAGCUAUGGAGUGGUUGUGUUUUGGAAUUUCAGCGAGAGGCAGGAGAAAGACGUUCUGGCUGACUUUGCUUUUGCGACGAUUGUUGACCCAAAGACCAACAUCGUAUCGCCCAUCACCCUUACAACAAAUGCCUUGGAUGAGGAAGAUUUCGAGACGGAGGACUUCCACUUCGAGUACAACAACGAGAUUUUGCGGCCACGAGUAUACAACGACAUGAUUACACUCCGCAGCGGCGACCAUAUGAUCAAGCUGGCCAUCAGCCAUGCCAUUGCUCAGAGCACCAAGCUAAGCUUCUUUGAGGAAACCAUGGCUGCCCAGAUGGAGGCGGCCAAGGAUGUGCCCGGAAAGUUGGCCAAAACAGGAGAGCUGGGACUGAAACGAGAAGAAGUCAUCAAGCUGCUCGGAGGCCUAUACAAGAGCCGAGUGGAGGUCAAUUUGUCAUCGAAUGUCCUCGACGUACCCAACCUGAUUUGGGAUAGCGAGCCGACCCUGCAUCCGCUGUACAACGCGGUACGCGAGUACCUUGAAAUCAAACCUCGGAUUCAGAUCCUCAAUGAACGUUGUCGGGUGUUCCUUGACUUGACCGAGGUCUUGUCAGACUACAUUUCCGAUGACAAGAUGUCCCGGAUCAAUUGGAUUAUCAUAGUCCUGAUCGUGAUCUCCAUCCUGGUCACAUGCUCGGAAGUGUUCCUACGGUUUGGGAUUUUGAGCACGCGGGGUGGAGACAAGAGGCCCCAGGCAUUGCAGGGGUCAUUGUUAAGCAGCGAGCUCUGA